AUGUUGAGUGUUGCCGCGUUUUUGUUGCUUUUUGCUCAAUAUAAUUGUUUUUUAAUUUUACCCCGUCAUAAUUACACAAAGGAGGUUCUAUAUCCUUUAAGGUCUGAUACACCUGGAGACUACGGAAAGAUUCCUAUUUAUUUUGAUUGGAGAGACUACGAUGCCGUUUCACCUGUUAAGAAUCAAUGGCAUUGUGCCGCAUGCUGGGCUUUUAGUGUCGUUGCAAACAUUGAAAGUCACCGCAGGAUUUAUUUGAAAUCAGUCGAUAUUCUGUCAGAGCAGUUUCUAAUCGACUGUGAUACUAGGCAGAAUGGAUGUGCAUUUGGAUCCGUCCUGCAGUCGUUUGCGAAUAUUGUAUCAGUGUUUGGUGGAGUGCUUCGCGACAGAGAUUACCCAGGGUAUUCUGAUAGACAGGAGAAAUGUCGAUGGUAUCCUUCAAUAGGUGACUCCACUCACCACAUGUCUCCAAGGCCACAUCCAGUACCUGUUAUAGGGUUUAAAAGAGUCGAAUCUGACGAAAAAGUCAUGGCGGCUUACCUUUAUGUGAACGGUCCUAUUUCUGCAGCAAUCAAUUCGGAAUCCAUGGCCAGAUACACAAAAGGUAUAGACGAACCAACAGUCGAGAACUGUAAUCCUAAGAAUUUGAACCACGCUGUCUUGAUCGUCGGAUACAGUGUUUAUGUAGACGAGGCUGGCAAGAAAACCCCGUACUGGGUAAUAAAGAACUCAUGGGGUACUGAGUGGGGCGAAAAUGGGUACUACUACUUGGUGCGUGGACGUAAUGCAUGCGGCAUCGCAAGUGACGUCUCUUUCGCUUACGUCGCAUAA